CUCUCUCUCUCUCUCUCUCUGUUGUUCUGUAAUGGGUUUGGCAAAGAAAGCCAUGGUUCUAUUCUGGAUGAUGGCGGUUUGUGAGGUCUCGAUGGGUAGUGUGUACAAGGUUGGCGACUCAGCUGGUUGGACCACCGUUGGCAACGUUGAUUACAAUAAGUGGGCUUCUACUAAGAACUUCCUUGUCGGAGACAUAAUCAUUUUCGAGUAUCACAAACAGUUCCACAACGUAAUGCAAGUGAGCCGCUCAGACUUCCAUUCAUGUAAUGCAACGGCUCCUAUUGCCACCUAUUCCACCGGCAAUGACUCGAUCACUAUCAGGUGGCCCGGCCAUUACUUCUUCAUCUGCGGCUUUCCCGGCCACUGCCUUGCCGAACAGAAGGUUGAUAUUAGGGUUCUAAGAGCUUCUCACCCAUCCGCAAGUCCAAGUGUAAGCCCCAGUGCAGCUCCUUAUGAAUCAGAGCCAGCGGCGUCACCGAUUGGGCUGAUAACACCAAACCCAUCUGAAAAUAGUGCUCCAUCUCUCCUUUCUUCCAACUGGUCUCUUAGCAGCAAGUUUGGAUUGUCCAUUGUUAUUGUUCUGGCAUCUUAUAUUUCUGGUUUUGUUUAUUAGCGCAUAGGGUCUGUCAUUUACGGGAGACUCUUUUUUUUUUGGUUCGUGAAAAGAAAGGAGGGUCGACCAGUAGAUACAUCUUGUUAAUUUGUGGCUUUUUAAUCUGGACAUGACUAAGUGGGUAUCA